AUGCUCUAUGACUGGGUUCACAAAUGGACACCCAUAGUUUCCAAAGUUUCUUCCAUUGGAUCUACCUGCAUGAAUGAAGCGUUUAACUCCAAAAUUGCAUGCUAUUUGGACAAAUCAAGAGCCUGGAAGAACAUUAACAUUAGAGUUAACGUUGCAAUCUUAGAAUGGAAUGAUCCAGAGCAUUUUCUCGGAGAUAUACAAAAAGCAUUACAUCUUCCCCCACUUCCCAAAGAUUGUGUCAAAUCAUUUGAAGAGAAUUGUUACUCCAAAAUGAUAUUGAAACAAAAACUGUUACAAAAGGUUCUAAAAAACAGAACAAAUACAAAAAAUCCAUUCAGAGUGUACCAGGAGGAGAUUAUCAAGUUUUCAAGUCCGAAUGGGAAUCAGAAGACGAAGACAUUGAUGACUUUGAUUAACGAAAAUUACAUUUUAUUUAUUGUUUUUGUUUUUAAUUAA